AACCCAGAGUCAGCAGUCGCGGGGCCCCGCCUUCCCCAGGCGCAUAUAAAGGAUCCUGGUGUCUGAGGCUCACACAGCAUCCACAUCCCUUCCUGAGCUCUUCUCUCUUCCUGCUCACUGACUUGCACACGCGCUCACCUUCCUCAACAUGACCACCUGCAGCCGCCAGUUCACCUCCUCCAGCUCCAUGAAGGGCUCCUGUGGCAUCGGUGGUGGCUCUAGCCGCAUCUCCUCUGUCCUGACUGGAGGAUCCUGCCGGGCUCCCAGCACCUAUGGGGGCCUGACAGUCAGCUCCUCUCGCUUCUCCUCUGGGGGAGCCUGUGGCAUGGGAAGCAGCUAUGGUGGGGGCUUCAGCAGCAGCAGCAGCUUUGGGGGAGGCCUUGGUAGUGGCUUUGGUGGUGGCUUGGGUGGUGGCUUUGGUGGUGGCUUCGGUGGUGGCUUUGGUGGUGGCCUUGGUGGUGGUUUUGGCGGUGGUGAUGGUCUCCUGGUGGGCAGUGAGAAAGUGACCAUGCAGAACCUCAAUGACCGUCUGGCCAGCUACCUGGACAAGGUGCGUGCCCUGGAGGAGGCCAACACUGACCUGGAGGUGAAGAUCCGUGACUGGUACCAGAGGCAGCGGCCCAGCGAGAUCAAAGACUACAGCUCCUACUUCCACACCAUCGAGGACCUGAGGAGCAAGAUCGUUGCGGCCACUCUGGCGAAUGCACAGCCCAUUUUGCAGAUCGACAAUGCCAGGCUGGCAGCUGAUGACUUCAGGACCAAGUAUGAGCAUGAGCUGGCCCUGCGCCAGACUGUGGAGGCCGACAUCAAUGGCCUGCGCCGGGUGCUGGAUGAGCUGACCCUGGCCAGAACCGACCUAGAGAUGCAGAUUGAGAGCCUCAAGGAGGAGCUGGCCUACCUGAAGAAGAACCACGAGGAGGAGAUGCUUGCCUUGAGGGGUCAGACCGGUGGGGACGUCAACGUGGAGAUGGACGCAGCACCCGGUGUGGACCUGAGCCGCAUCCUGAAUGAGAUGCGAGACCAGUAUGAGCAGAUGGCAGAGAAGAACCGCAGAGAUGCUGAGGCCUGGUUCCUGAGCAAGACUGAGGAACUGAACAGAGAAGUGGCCUCUAACAGUGAGCUGAUACAGAGCGGCCGCAGUGAGGUGUCUGAGCUCCGCAGAGUGUUCCAGGGCCUGGAGAUCGAACUGCAGUCCCAGCUCAGCAUGAAAGCAUCCUUGGAGAACAGCCUAGAAGAGACCAAGGGCAGAUACUGCAUGCAGCUGUCCCAGAUCCAGGGUCUGAUCAGCGGCGUAGAGGAGCAGCUGGCUCAGCUGCGCUGCGAGAUGGAGCAACAGAGCCAGGAGUACAAUAUUUUGUUGGAUGUGAAGACAAGACUGGAGCAGGAGAUCGCCACUUACCGCCGUCUGCUGGAUGGCGAGGGUGUCCACAGCUCCUCCUCCCAGCACUCCUCUGGACAGUCCUAUUCUUCCCAGUCUUAUUCUUCCCGAGAAGGCUUCUCCUCGUCUCACCAGCCCCGGUCCAUCCUUAAGGAGCAAGGGUCAUCCAGCUUCAGCCAGAGCCAAAGCCAGAGUUCCAGGAACUAG